GCAGCUUGUCCCGCGAAGAGACCCUGUCCUGAACGACAAUUGGAAAGCAGCCCGGACGACCAUGGACACCAGGCAAGCGCCCAAUAGCAUCGAUGUCAACGGUCCCGUCAGCGGCGCCUCCACCAACCAUCUCACCCGAUUCACAGGCGACAACAGGAAAGCCUGGGAUGCCAUCGCCCACGACUGGGAGCUGAACCAGUCUCCCGAGGUGAAUGGGCAGGCCGAAGAUGGGAACGACAUGUUCACCCAGUGUCUGCUCCCUGUUCUCGACGAGCUCGUCCACUGGACCGAAGGCGAGACCGUCCUGGAUCUGGGAGCGGGGAGCGGUAUCAUCGCUCGCAGAUUUGCCAGGAAAGGCGCCAACGUGACCGGUCUCGACUUCUCGCAAAGGAUGAUGGAUAAAGGGCGCGAGCGUUACGAGAAAGAGAAGGACCAGUUUCCAGGAACCAUCGAGUAUGGCUUCAUUGAUCUCAUGGACGUCGAAGGCAUGGUGGCAUAUAUGCAGAAGAGGAAGGACGCUUUGGGAGAAGCGGAGGACCACCGCUUCGAUAUCAUUACCAUCAGCACGACGCUCAAGUCAUUGCCGUCUCUGGAACCUAUCGCCCAAGCGCUGCCGGCAAUGCUGAAGCCCAAGGGCCGCAUCGUGGUGAUUGAUCUGCACCCGGCAUUUUCGAAACCGGCAGGACACCGAGGCAUGGAAAUCUUCGAGGACCCGUCGACGGGAAAGCAGCAACUCAGCACAUAUAUCAAAGUGCCCAAGUAUCUGAACAUUCCGCCCUGCUUGAGCGAGGCGGUCCGUGGACAGGCAGAGCCGCUCUGGGUAUUUCAUCGACCCUUCUGGUCUCUCAUGGAGCCGUUCUUCAAGAACAAGCUUGUCCUGGAUGCCAUGCGCGAGCCCGCUUUCGAGGGCCAGCCCGACAUCAAGCAAGCGCAGUCGUAUCACAACUUCCAGCAGACACCUAUGCUGCUGGGAUUUCGCUUGUUGCAUGCGCCUGUCUAACCAAAAUGCUAUCUAUGCUCGCCCAUCCCGCUGUGCAGGUUGACAGCGUUGUUGAAGCAUCGCCAGCAAGUUGAGAUACCCCCAUGCCACGUCCAUUUCUGAACAGGCUGUUUGAGCGAAUGCACUGAGUCAUUUGGCGUCUGAUGACAAGUACGAAAAGCGAGCUCGACUUUUGAUGUAUGGAUCUGGAGCUCUCCCGUAUCGGGGUUGUCCACCGACGUGCACAUCAAUGGUGACAGUCGACGCCGCGCUUUUUAUACGUAGACGUCGCAGCGCAAUGCACUCAUUUUCUGCCUGAUUGAUGGAUUGACAUGUGCAGAAUCAAAACAUUCAGAUUCACACAAGCGUCGCUGAUACAUGUACCUGUCAGGUAUGUGCUUUCAGUGCAUGCACACGAACAUGACAAAUCUGCCAAGCCUCCCGAUCAGACCACAUAUCACCCACAAGUGACGUUCCCUCUCUGUCACAUGGAAGGCAUCGGUCAGCAUGGAAUGCAACCUUGAAAUUCUCUCACCAAGACAUAUAUAACCCAGAGCACUACCUUACUUACCUUAUCCAUCCUCUCUCCCUCCAAACCACUUGUACCACAAAAAUCACGACAUCCAUCAUGGAGAAACCCGACCAAACCACUACCACCGCCACUACCUCUACUACAGGUAGUACUACAGGUAGUACGACAACCAUCAAACCCAACGCAGAAGAACUCGCUUUACAUCGAUGUCCUCGAUGCAGCCUCGAUACGAGAGAAGAGGAAGAACUCUAUAAUGAUGAGCAGCACGACGAUAACAAAACCAACGACAAGAAUGACGACGAGGAAAAAACUGGCCGAAGAAGAGGAAAUAGAAGAAGAAGGAGUAGUGCGGUGCAGGAACUUGCUGUAGAGUUGGUAAGGAAGAUUCGUCGUUCUCAUUCUCAUUCUCAUGUUGGGAAGGAGGAGGGGUUUUAGGGAGUGGUGGUAGUACGGAUGACGGAGGAUGACGGAUGGGGAUGGGAUGAGAAUUUUGCGGGGUGGUUGUUUUGUUACCUAUAUGUAGGUUGGUGAUGAUGGGUGCGGGCUCUGGGAUUGGGAAGUUGGAAUCGGGGAUUUGACGAUGGAGUUGGAGUUGGGUUGCGGAUGAAUGAAUGAUGGUAUACUUGCGAGGGUAGGAGGGAAAGAGAGGUUUCAUCUGCCAUCUUUUCCGAGCUGUUUGUUAUAUACAUGUAUCUGGUAUGAACUACUGCACAGAAGGAAGCAUU